CGCGAAUUUCAGGACGGGAGGAGAGUAUAGGUGUGUGAAAACGGGGGAAACGCGCCUGUGCGGCCCCUAGGGAAUCUCGGCGCCUCGCCGUUGCCUGUCCGGUCCGCGAUCGGCGGACGGAGAGAGUCGCCUGUCGCGCUACGGACGGACGGAGUCCAACGGAGUCGUGAGUCGCGCGCGGAGUCGAGUGAAGUUGCCGCCGAGUCGACAAGGAAUCGGAGUAGCGUGAACUCCGCGGGGGAGCAGCGCAGCGAGAGUCUCGAACUCGCUCGCCCGGAGGUAAAUCCCCGCGGCGCUUCGCGCGGCGCGUAAUGGAGGAGCCGACGACCGCGAAACGCGGCCACAGCAGUAACAGCAGCACUACCGGCAGCAACAGCAGGAGCAGCAGCAGCAGGAGCGGCAACGGCACAACCGUCCGCAACAACGACCGUCACAACCGUCGCCGCCGCCACGGUAAUGCCGUGCUGCGUCGCGUCGGCAGAGCGUGAGCCGCGCGAUUCCUGUCGUCGACUGUUACGACACCCGGCAAUCCCGGCAUCCCGGCGGCCGCCGCCGGGCGUGAGAGACGGGUCGAAAUUGCUAUGGGAUCGUCCGGAACGACGACGCCGUACGACGCCGCAACGACCGUUCGAUUCCUCCUGUUGCCGUGACGUUUGCCGACCAUCGGGCCGCGCCAGGCGCGAACAAGGAGUAGGAGCGACAGCAUCUCAGAUACGCUUCCUCGACGCACCGCGCCCUUCCACGUUCGCGUCCUACGUGUCGUCGAUCGUACCGAUCGUACCUAAACAACGCCCGGUGGGCGAAAAGGAUAAGAUCGUUCGCGCUUGAGAGGUUAGGCUGGCAUGGGGAUUGAUCCCCGUGAGGUGGCAUCGUCCGUCGAACUCUGACAAUCAGCCAGCCAGCCACCCUCUCUCUCUCUCUCUCUCCCCCCCCCUCUCUCCCCCUUUCCCACUCUCCUGUCGCCGCCACCCGCGCGUCUUACCCUUCCGCGCCCUACAACGGUGUACACCGCGCCCGCGCGUGCCCUUUUCCGCUUGCGGAAACUGCGGUGAGUGUCGCGUUGUAUCCGUCGUUUCUCUUCUAUCGUAUCGCGCCUCGUCGUAUCGCGUCGCGCCGCGUCGCGUCGCGUCGCGUCCCAUCCCGUCGUCGUCCUCGCGCUUCCCAGAGGGCAUACAGGAUAUGCCCUGCACGGGGAUCGAUCCCCGUCAUUGACCCAAAACUGACAUCCCCGCCGUCAUCGUCGUCAUUGUCGACGCGUGUGUGGUGAAAAAUCGUGUGCGCGCAGUUGGAUCGUGUAUCGAUAAUUAAAUCACCGCAACCGUGGAUAACAACGGCCGGUACGAGAUGCAGAAGCGGGACGGCAGGGAUAACCGCGGCGACAAGGAGCUCGGAGCGCGCGGCUCCGAACGCGACCAGGAGGUCGCCAAACGGACCUCCAGGGGCAGCGGUAAUGCCGCCCGGUCGAACGUGCACUCGUCUCGGCACAGCGUCACCUCGUCGUCCGGCGUGCUCAUGGUCGGCCCGAACUUCCGGGUCGGCAAGAAAAUUGGCUGUGGAAACUUCGGGGAGCUUCGUCUCGGGAAGAACCUGUACAAUAAUGAGCACGUAGCAAUUAAAAUGGAACCAAUGAAGUCAAAGGCGCCACAGCUACAUUUAGAAUAUAGGUUUUACAAAUUAUUAGGUACACAUGUUCAUAACACACAUAUAGAGGGUAUACCGGAGGUGUACUACUUCGGCCCGUGCGGGAAGUAUAACGCCCUGGUGAUGGAGCUCCUUGGUCCAAGCCUCGAGGACCUCUUUGACCUCUGCGGGAGGAGGUUUACCCUCAAGACCGUUCUCAACAUUGCCACACAGCUCCUCCAUAGGAUAGAAUAUGUUCAUAGUCGGCAUUUGAUAUACCGCGACAUCAAGCCGGAAAAUUUUCUGAUAGGACGAUCCACUACCAAGCGGGAAAAAAUUAUUCACAUAAUCGAUUUUGGACUAGCCAAAGAGUAUAUAGACCUGGAGACGAACAAGCAUAUACCGUAUCGGGAACACAAGAGUCUCACCGGCACGGCGCGUUACAUGAGCAUUAACACGCAUCUUGGCAAAGAACAGAGCAGAAGAGACGACUUGGAGGCAUUGGGCCAUAUGUUCAUGUACUUCUUGCGUGGCAGCCUGCCGUGGCAAGGGCUGAAGGCCGACACGUUGAAGGAGCGCUAUCAAAAGAUUGGCGAUACGAAACGAGCGACGCCGAUCGAGGUGCUCUGUGACGGCCAUCCCGAGGAGAUGGCCACGUAUCUACGCUACGUACGUAGGCUGGAUUUCUUCGAGACGCCGGAUUACGAGUACUUGAGGAAGCUCUUCCACGAUCUGUAUGAGAGACGUGGCUUCGUCAAUGACGGCGAAUUUGACUGGACCGGCAAGACGAUGUCCACGCCCGUCGGAUCCCUUCAAACCGGCCAGGAGAUCGUCGUAUCACCAAAUCGCGAUCGGCAUCCCGCCGCUUACAAGGUGGUAUCGUCAACUAAUGGAGAACUGGCUAACGAUGACCCGACCGCUGGUCACUCCAAUACACCAAUCACAGCACCUCAGGAAGUGGACAUGAUCGACGAAACCAAAAAAGUAAUUCAACUAAAACGGAAACGUUGUCCUCGAUGUGGAAAAUUAUUGUUACGAUCUUUACAAGCAUAUAUUUCCAGCACUUAUCCUACCCUCAUUCCCGAACUAGAUGCUGUUGCUUCUUCAAGCGCAAGAAGAAGAAAAGUGGAAGGCAGAAAUGACUGUCCGUUACCGUUGGUCUCGGGGGGGCGGUGCAGUGCGCGGGUAAUAGUGCCGACGAGACCGUGGAAGUCGUCGCCACAACGUCAAGGACUGGCAAGCGCGGCGCGGGAACGGGAGUACGUGUAGGCGCAGGUACAGCAGGUGGUAUCGCAGGCGGCGCUGAUCCUGAGAGAGAAGCCGUCACUCUGCUGCGCGUCGGCAGCCGAUCCGCGUCACGGGACUCGGUGCUGCACACCACCGUCACGAUGACGCCAACACCGACGCCGCCGCCACUGUCGAACUGAAUCAUCAUCGUCAUCAACACCAUCACACGACCAUUCUAUUACGUCGCCACUAUUAUUAUUAAUUGGACGGUUGCGCGACUGAGUCGAGAUCGAGAGAAUGAAGCUGCUUUUCCUCUGGCCAAUCGAGCUGAUCUCUUCGAUAAAUAAGCGGACUCGCUGACGACGAUUCAGGCACUCGCUCCUCGGUGUAGUGAAAUUCUGUAGUAAUCUCAGUACCGUUGUGCGAUCAGAAUUGUCUUGGUUAUGUGUUACGAUGAAAGUAUGGUCAAUUAUCGCCUUUACUUAAAACUCUAUUCAGAGAACUUGAUACAUUGAUGCCGGACUUUCAUUGAGCUUUAUCAGGAGCUGCCAGAAAUUUCUUUUUUCUCAACUCAUUUUUUUAAAUAGAGUACAUCUGGACAGAUGGAAAAUGGCUAAUAAGGAUAUAUUCUGCGACUAUGUAUCUUUUUUCUCGGUGAAAAUUUAAUUAAUUUGAUCUUUAAGUUAAGCGCAGAAAUCUAAUAAGACAUUCAGGAUAUUGUAAUUAUAUUUUCAAGGUGGAUAAUAAUGUGAUAAGCAGCAUGAAAAUUUAGUGCAACAUAAAAUGAGAUUUUGGCAUGUUUUCGCAUGUUUAUUCGACUGAUUUUCUCGUCUCCAUGAUCGACAAAUUCAAUUAUUUGAUGAUUAAAUUCUCAUGUCACUAAGUCCAAUCAAUUUCUAGCCACUGGUAUCCAUCUUUUUAGAUAUGCCUCAUAUGCAUCUUGUAGUUUCAUUUAAUUCACACCCUUCCCUUGUUCUUACAAACGGGCUGAUGAAUAUUCUUUGUGACCUUGAGCUACUGAUAGAAGUUAAGACGUUAGCGAAUCCACUUACCUACUUACUGAAUAAAUCCUCUCGUUUAGCCAAGAAAAGUGACCUCGUGCUAUUAGAUUAUUGCUACUAUUGUCAUGAUUACAUUUCAUCUUGUUGCUGCCCACUACCCACUACUAUUACUAUUUACUACUGCUAC